AUAUAUGGAGUUUAAGAACUCAACAGAAGGAGCCGUCUUAAGAGUGUUAAGGGAUGCUCCGCCUAGUCAUUACUUGUUAAAAAUUCAGUCUUUCUCAUCUCUUACCAAUUUAAACAAGUUCAUCUCAAACAAUUUUGAUGCUGGGGGCUUCAAAUGGAAAUUGUGUCUCUAUCCAAAUGGAGACAAGGAGAAUAAAGGGGAAGGUCAUAUAUCUAUUUAUCUAGAAUUGGCAAAAAUGAGUUCUUUCCAAAUUGGGUGGGAAAUCAACAUGAUUUUCAAUUUUUUUGUAUUUGAUCAGCUUCAGGACAAGUAUGUUACAAUUCAAGAUGGGAGAAUAAGGCAUUUCCAUUCAAUGAGUACAGAAUGGGGCUUCUCCAGAUUCUUGGACCUGGAAACCUUUCAUAAUCCAUCAAACGGAUACCUUAUCAAAGACACUUGUGUCUUUUGUGCAGAGGUUUUUGUUGUCAAAAAUACUUUUAAGGGGCAGUUUUUAUGAUAGAUGGAAAAUCCUCCUACUCAUUAUCAUACCUGGAUGGUUCGGUUAGUUUGGACAAGUCACAGCUCUCCUAAACGUAUUAAUGCUUCUCUAGCAAUAAUA